AUGGAUCUAACAUAUGUUCCACCGGUGAUACAAGAGGGUGAAGUAGUAGUACAAAUCCUGGAGGAAGAUAUAGCUGAGGAAAAGCAGAAAUGGAAUCGAGCUCUAAUAAUGUAUGUAGUUGGAAACACUCCAACUAUAGGUGCUGUUGAACGAUUUGUUGCUGCUCAAUGGGGAAAAGUCAGAAAACCUAAGGUACUAUAUCAUAGUGAUCGUUAUUUUACAAUUUUGUUGAAUAGUGUUAAAGAAAGAGAUGAAGUGCUGAUGAAUGGGCCUUAUACUAUGAACAGUAGACCUGUAAUACUAAAAGCUUGGGCUGAGGGUUUUGAUUUUAAUGAAGAGGUUUUGAAAACUAUUCUAUUGUGGGUUAAAUUCCCAAAACUCCCACUGAACUACUGGAGUAAUAAGGCACUUAGCAAAAUUGGAAGUGGACUAGGGAAGCCUUUGUAUGCUGAUACUUGCACAACUGUGGCUGAUAGAAUUUCCUAUGCUAGGGUCCUUAUAGAAAUGGAUAUAACUAGAACUCUACCUGGGACAAUUAAGCUGAUUGACCCUAAUGGCAAAGUGAUUGAGCAAAUGGUACAGUAUGACUGGAAGCCCCAAUACUGUCAAACUUGUUGUCAAACUGGUCACUCAUGCCACAACAUGAAAGUUCAGAAGCAAGAGGUGGGGCAGCAAACAUAUGGAAUGCAGAGUCAAGGAAAGAUAUGGAAAGUUGUAAGAAUUUUAGAUCCCAAGACUGAUAAAAUUGAUACAAGAGGCAGGUUCCUGGAGCAAUUGGAAGAAGAUAGUGAUGGGAUACAAAGCAACAAUUCAAAGUAUGAGCAAUGGCAAUUGGCAAAAGGCAAAUCUGCUACAAAGAAGAAUGGAGAUGGAAGGGAUGAGAUGGAAGUUAACACUGGCAAUGCUUUCACAGCUCUGGUAGAUACUGCACAAAGACUAGUCCAAAUGACAAGGGAGCAAGACAAAGAGAGGGAACAGCCUAGGGAUAGAGGCAGAAGGGGUAACACAAAUCAAAAAGCUAUAAUGAUGAACAUCAUAGUGUGGAAUGUUAGAGGUAUGAAUAAGGUGUAUAAGCAAAAAGAACUAAAAACAUUUAUUAGGGAGAAUAAGGUAGUGCUUAUAGCAGUCCUGGAGAAUAGAGUUAAAGAAACAAAGGCAGAAAGUAUCAUAAAGAAGAUAUUCAAUAACUGGAGAUGGAUAGCAAAUUACUCACAGGCUCCACGUGGUAGAAUAUGGAUUGCUUGGGAUCAAAAAAAGGUAGACUUUGAAGGGUAUAAAAUGCACCAACAAUACAUAAUAGGGGAAGUCACAGAGAGGCAAAAUGGCAAUAAAUUCAGAUUUGGUGCUGUCUACGGAAUGCAUACAAUACAAGAUAGGAAAAGACUAUGGGAAGAUAUGGAAAAAGCAAUAGUUGGUGCUACUGAUCCUUGUGUGCUAAUGGGAGAUUACAAUACCAUCUUGACUAGUGAAGAUAGGGCUCAAGGAACACAAGUACAGGAAUUUGAAGUAAAAGACUUCAAAGUUUUCAUCUGGAGAAAUGGACUAACUGAAUUAAAGAGAGUAGGUAGAAAGUAUACGUGGACUAAUAACCAUGUCCAUAGUAAAAUUGAUAGAAUUCUUGUUAAUGCUGCCCGGAUCCAAAAAUGGCCUGUAAUGGAAGGAAGGGCAUUGCAGCCUGGGUUCUCAGAUCAUUGUCCAUUAAGUCUACCAAUGGACUAUGAGUAA